UUAUGUUUGUUUCUACAUGACACCUCAAUAUGAAAAAGAGAGACAACGUUCGUAUGAGUUUAUUUCUACGAUAAAUUUAAAUGGAUGUAGUUUCCAGGUGGACGUUUUACGGCGCUACACACAUAGCCACGAUGACGUAAUUUCCUACCGACAUAAGCUAGUUUGGUUAGCUCCUAAAAUGAGUCUGUUUUUGCCCAAAUUAACUUGUAAAAAAGACAUUGAUGAAGUCAUAAAAUGCGUUGCGGAGAAAGUCCUCGUCUUGAGGUUUGGCAGAGACGACGACUCGCUUUGUCUCCAGCUCGACGAGAUAUUGUCAAAAACCGCCCACGACCUCAGCAACAUGGCGUCCAUCUACAUCGUGGAUGUGGAAAAAGCUCCAGUCUAUACGAGAUACUUCGACAUCAGUUACAUCCCCUCCACUGUUUUCUUUUUCAACGGGCAGCACAUGAAAGUGGAUUAUGGCUCCCCAGAUCACACCAAGUUUGUCGGCAGUUUUAAGACGAAGCAGGAUUUCAUUGAUCUGAUCGAGGUCAUCUACAGAGGAGCCAUGCGGGGGAAGAUGAUUGUUCGGAGUCCCAUAGAUCCUCGGAACGUUCCCAAGUAUGAUCUGCUCUACCAUGGAAUUUAGACUCAUCAGUGCGCCCACAGGAGGACAUGAGGACCGAUGUGUAAGAUAGGAGGACCCAUUAGAUAGGGCAAGAUGGAAGCAGAUGAUCUGCUCUGGCGACCCCUGAAGGGAGAGACACCCAAAGAAGAAGAAUGCACCCACUCUGUGUGUGUGUGUGUGUUUGUGCGUGUGCGAGCUUUGCAGAGUUGCAACUAACAAUUAUUUUCAUUAUCGAAUAAUCUGUCGAUUAUUUUCUCGAUUAAUCGAUGAAUCGUUUGGUCCAUAAAAUAUCAGAAAACCUUAAAAAAUGUUGAUCGGUGUUUGUCAAACCUGGAAAUGAUGAUGUUCUCAAAUGUCUUGUUUUGUCCACAAACCAAAAUGAUUAACUUUUAAUGAUUUCUUUGUUAUCCAGAGCAAAGAAGUUAAGAAGCUUAAACAAUCAGAAAUCUUGUUUUGAUCAUGAAAAAAAACUUCAAACCGAUUAUCAAAAUAGUAGUCAAUUAAUUUAGCAAUCGAUUAAUAAUCGUUCAAUCCAUUAAUUGUUUCAGCUCUAGCGCUUUGUGAUCACAGUGUUUUCUCUCUCACUGGCAUCUACUACUUUUUUUCAAUAGAAGCUAAACAAGACAUGACCCUUGACCUGGAUAACCAAACUUGGUUCACAGUGCACAAAACACUUCACUCAAAGCUCAUGUGACUGAUCGUUUGUUAAGAUUGAAUUUUGAGACCUGACAAAUACAUGCAGUGGCAUGGGAUUUGCUGAAGUAGUGCUGAAGUUAAUUAACAAUAGGACAUUUUUACUUUUGUGGUUUUCUCUUAUCGCUUUAUGUUUGACACGUUAAUUUAAAAGAAAUGUGAAAAUGUCUCAAAAUAUUUAAAUAUUUCCUAUGGAAAUUAGCUGUAUAUUAAAGGUCAUUGUA